GCUAAAAAAAUUGGUAGAGGAAGCUCCAUCGAUUCCCGAUAGAGCUUCUUUCCUUAGAUAUUCACUCCGUCAACGAAACUUCGCCAGUUGUCUCCCCCGGCUCUCCGAUCAUCCCCAAACUUUCGAAGCGCAGUAUAUCUCACCCCGAGCGCAUCUCUCUGCAAGCUUCCUCGAUUCAUCAGCUCCCCAUUGCUGCAAUUCCAGAGCCAAACUCUCGUCCGCAAAACCCCCCCCGAAAAUCUCCAAAAAAAAUGUCCCAGACGUCGACGAUAGUGACGGCAUCAGUCGCCGCCGCCGUUACCGGCUUGGUUGCCUACGCCGCCUACUUCGACUACCAGCGCCGCAACAAGGCCGAGUUCCGAAGAGAACUGCGCAGGAACGAGCGCAAACAGCACAAAGCCGAGAAAGAAACGGCCCAGCAGGAGACUAUUCGCCAGCGGCAAGCGUUAAAGCAGGCCGUUGACGACGCCAAGGACGAGGGUUUCCCUACCGACGUCGAGCAGAAGGAGACCUACUUCCUUCAGCAGGUCUCUGAGGGAGAGACUCUCUCCGCAGACCCCACCCGCGCUGUUGACGCUGCGCUUGCGUUCUACAAGGGUCUGAAGGUCUACCCCACGCCCCAAGACCUGAUUAGCAUCUACGACAAGACUGUUCCCAAGCCCGUCCUCGACGUCCUCGCCGAGAUGAUCGCUUACGACGAUAGUCUCGAGAUUGGGGAGUACCAAGGCGGCAUCAACGCCGACUUCAGCAACUUGCCCACCGUCGGCCUAGACUAAACGAACCUCCUUUUCGACGUAGCAACUCUCCAUCAUAACGAGGUCCCCUCCACUCUCUCACUUUUCCUAUACCGGAAAUCCCUCUCCGGCGCACCGACUAAGAACAUGCAGCUACUCCAUCAAGUGGCGUGAUGCUGCGAAUCCCAAUUAUCCAUCCGUAAUCCCUGGCCUACUGAGAAAAGAACGAGAAAGAGGGAGGAAUUAU